CUCUCUAGAUCCAUCCUUCCUUUCUCUCUCUAAGCCUCCCCCAACUCCAUUUUCUCUCUCUCCCCAGAUCUCACCCGCGUUUCAUGGAUCUACAAACCCCAUCCGCAUUGCCCUCUCGGACUUAGGGUUUUUGGUUUUCCGCUCUCCCUCCACAAUGCCGUCUCUCACUCCCACCUUGCAUCGUCAUGAGCUGCUUCCCGGCCGCCGCCUGCCUCACCGGAACCCUAGCUUCAUCCCGCAACUCUCCGCCUACUGCUUCUGACAUCAUGUUUCUGAAUUUCGGUCUUUCCAGGGAAAAUGAGGGUUGUGAUGCUGCUGCUGCUUCUCCAUCUCGUCAAUUUGGUUCUGUCUUGUUGCGGGCAUCCAUUAUUGCAUAUAUUCCUGUCUCCAACAAUACUGCCUAAACAGCAACAGUCUACGAGGAAAAUCUCAUUGGAACAGGCAAGGCCCAUGCCAAUGAGUGUUUUGUUUACUUUAUCUAGAUCACCCCGGACGCGGGUGUUUAAGCCUUCUUUGGAGCCAUCAAUUGCCCCUGCACCUUCUCCAGCAUAUCACGGCUCUGUCUCUGGUCCUAGCAGUACUUCCAUACCAAGACAUCAUCACCAUCAUCAUCAUCAUUAUCAUCAUCAUCAGGGGAAACAACAUCAUGCAGUCUCUCCAGCCCCCUCUACAGGAACAGGUUGUGAUCAGAUUUGUACGGAGCCUCUUGCAGCAACUCCAUUUGGUUCCCCUUGUGGUUGUGUGUUUCCUAUGAAAGUUAGACUUCUUCUGGAUGUAGCCCUUUAUGCUGUCUUUCCUGUGGUUGCUGAGCUAGCAAUUGAGGUUGCAGCAGGCACAUAUCUGGAGCAGAGUCAAGUGAAGAUAGUGGGCGCCAGUGCUGACAGUCAAAAUCAGGGAAAGACUGUAGUAGAUAUUAACUUGGUUCCACUGGGAGAGAAGUUUGAUAACACCACUGCUAUGCUGACAUGUGAGAGAUUUUGGCAGAAGAAGGUGCCUCUAAAUAGGACUCUUUUUGGUAACUAUGAUGUGUUGUACAUUAAUUAUCCAGGGAUUCCUUCUUCGCCGCCAUCUGGAAGUUACAUGGGCAGUGGUCCAAGUGGAAGUGCUGGAGGUCUCCCCAUAACUGCAGAUUUUGUCAACAAGAGCCAGAAGUUGAAUCCUAGAACCAUUGCCAUCAUCGCUUUAUCUGGUUUUGUGCUUGUAUUGGUGUGCAUUGGAGCAAUUUCCAUUGUUUUAAAAUGGAGAAAGAUUGGAAGACCAUCAAGUGCUGUUGGUCCUGUAUUUACAUCAUCCAUCAAUAAGAGAUCUGGCAUUGGUUCUAUGUUAUCAAGUAGUAUAGCAAGUUCAACAUCAGCAUCCCUCAUUUCCACCAUGGCUACAUGUGUUCUCUCAGUUAAAACAUUUCCACUUGCUGAACUUGAGAAGGCAACACAUAAGUUCAGUUCAAAGAGGAUUUUAGGUGAAGGAGGAUUUGGACGUGUUUACCAUGGGACUAUGGAAGAUGGAACUGAAGUUGCAGUUAAGCUGCUUACAAGAGAUCACCAGAGCGGAGAUCGUGAGUUCAUUGCUGAAGUUGAGAUGCUCAGCCGAUUACAUCACCGCAAUCUUGUGAAACUGAUUGGUAUAUGCAUUGAAGGACACACACGCUGCCUGGUGUAUGAGCUUGUUCACAAUGGCAGUGUUGAGUCUCACUUGCAUGGUGCUGACAAGGGAAAGGGACCUCUCGACUGGGAUGCACGGAUGAAGAUUGCCCUUGGUGCAGCAAGAGGAUUGGCUUAUCUUCAUGAAGAUUCUAAUCCUCGUGUAAUUCACCGAGAUUUUAAGGCCAGCAAUGUCCUACUAGAAGAUGAUUUCACCCCAAAGGUUUCAGAUUUUGGGUUAGCAAGGGAAGCAACAGAAGGAAGUCAUCAUAUAUCUACUCGGGUCAUGGGAACUUUUGGGUAUGUUGCUCCUGAAUAUGCAAUGACGGGGCAUCUACUUGUCAAAAGUGAUGUAUACAGUUAUGGGGUCGUGUUGCUUGAGCUUCUCUCUGGAAGAAAACCAGUUGACAUGUCCCAACCAGCAGGACAGGAGAACCUAGUAACCUGGGCACGGCCUCUGUUGACUGUUAGAGAAGGUUUGGAGCAGUUGGUGGAUCCUUCUUUGGCUGGAAACUACGACUUUGACAACGUGGCUAAGGUUGCAGCCAUUGCUUCCAUGUGUGUUCACCCUGAGGUGACUCACAGACCCUUCAUGGGUGAAGUAGUGCAGGCACUAAAACUGAUUUACAACGAUAAAGACGAGACUUGUGGGGAUUGUUGUAGUCAGAAGGAAUCUUCAGGUCCGGACUCAGACUUGAGAGGUGAUCUUGACCCUUCUGAUAGCAGUUGGUGGAAUGCUGGAGGGAUCACCCCACGCUUGACAUACGGGCAUGCCACGCCGUUCAUAACCAUGGAGUACAGCUCCGGUCCCCUUGAGGAGACGGAAAACAGACCGUUUUCAGCUUCAAGCCUGGUGGGGGAAGGGGCAUCCUUACAAAUCACACAUGGGAACAGAUCAGGGCCAUUGAGAACAAUCCGAAGCAAGCCAGGGUUUUAUAGAUUAAAAGGGAGUAUGAGUGAACAUGGGGUGCUUUCAAAGCGAGUUUGGAAUGAUGGUGCUUGGGUUUGAGGUUUUCUUUUGUAGCAUUUUCCAAAAUGUACAUACAGUUUGUAGAAGGACAGGGGCCUUCAAGGAAGCAGUUGAUUUGAUGUAGCUGGUUUUAGGAAUUUGGAUGGUGGGCGGUUUCCAUAUCGAGUGAGAAAGAAGAUAACGGAGAGAAAAGAGAGAUGAUGGCUUCUAAUUUUGGAAAUCUUGAUUCAAUUACAAUACAAAGUUGGAGAUGUAAGUUGGAUACUCCCUGUAGUAUAUUAUUAUAUAAUAUAUAUACGCUAAAUUAAUUUCUUUUGGUUAA